UCUCAUCUAUGGAAAUACUUAAGAAAUAUUAUGCACUAUAUCCAACUCGUGGGCUAAAAUGUGACGGCUGCAAUCUUGGUGAAGACUACUAUAGUGAUGGUUAUCGUUGUUUUCGUUCCGGACUCUUCUUUCACAGAGAGUGUGCUAAUUCUAGCCUAGAGAUUUGCAACCUCUAUCAUCCACAGCAUUCUUUGGAAAUUAAGGUAUGUGCAAAAAACAGUAUUCUGCAUGGAGAAUGUAAACUUUGUAGAACUAAUUUGCCAAAAAUGUAUUACUAUUGUUCUAAAUGUGAUUUUGCAAUCGAUUUGAUAUGUGUAAAAAAAGUAGUUAAGAUAGAGAUUGAAGAUUCAAAGGUUCAUGAGCAUCAGUUAUCCCUUGUUCCGGAGAUGGUUAGCUUUACUUGUCAUCUAUGUCAAGUAUGUGAUGACCGGUUUCCUUUUGUAUGUAAUUUAUGUGAUUUGAGUUUUCACCAAGAUUGUGCCGAAUCCAUAUCAGAGAUCAAUUAUCCUUGUCAUCCUCAACACCCCCUCAAGCGUUUCACGAUUGUUCCAAGACACACCGGUGGAAAAUGUUGCUUGUGUGGGAACAAGUUUCAUAACGUGUGUUAUCAUUGUUCAAUAUGCAACUUCACUGUGGAUGUUAACUGUGUAAAGGAUCCACCUCCUUUCAGUAUUCUCCACCCUAAGGCUCACGAGCAUCCAGUCAUUCUUAUGCCGCAAAGAAGUUUUGUUUGUAAUGCUUGUGGAAUGGAGGACGACCCAAAUCCUUAUGUAUGUCCUCAAUGCAAUUUCAUGAUCCAUAGAAAUUGUGUUGAUAAACCACGCAUCAUAAAGAUUAAUCAUCAUGACCACCGUAUUUAUUACAGUCAUUAUCUUGAUACUGAUGAUUGGAAAUGUGGAGUAUGUCAAAAAGAGUUAAAAUGGACGUGUGGAGCUUAUUCUUGUCCGAAGUGUCAUGAUUUCGCAGUUCAUCUAAGAUGUGCCACAAAGUUCGGGAUUUGGGAUGGGAUUGAACUUGAAGGGGUAUCGGAAACUGAUAUCGAGCUUAAGUCAUAUGAGUCUAUUAAAGAAGGACUAAUAAGGCAUUCAAGUCACCAAAGCCAUGUUUUGAAGCUCAAAGAAGAGCUUGAUGCUGAUAAUGAAGGAAUAGUUUGCGAAGCAUGUGUCUAUCCUGUAUUUUGUGGCCCAUUCUACAGUUGCACAGAGUGUGAUAAUUUUGUUCUUCAUGAGAAAUGUGCCUAUCUCCCAAAACAGAAAAUAGAUUCCUUCUACAAGAUGGAGAUAACUCUAUUCCCAUGCAACAAAACGGAAACAAUAUUAGGGCUGUGUGAAGUUUGUCAAUACUUCUUUCAGGGUUUUCGGUACGCAGCUAAGGAUGAUACAACCCUUGAUGUGCGAUGUGGUUCUAUAUCCGAACCUUUUGUUCAUGAAAGCCAUCCUCAUCAUCCGUUGUACAUCGACUUUACGGGCAAUAAAACUUGUAAGGCUUGUGGAGAUGAGGCAACUUUCAUUUUAAGCUGUCAUGAGUGCGGAUAUUUUUUGGACAUUACAUGUCCUUUCUUACCAAAUAAGGUGAAACACAAAUAUGAUAAGAAUCAUUUUCUGUUUCUAUGCUACGGAAGAAACCCGAGUGGCCUAUACUGGUGUGAAAUUUGCGAAGAAGAACUAAAUCCAGAGAAAUGGUUCUAUAUAUGUGAUGAGUGUUGCAUUACAUUUCAUAUCAAAUGUACACUCGGAGACUUAAUCUGUCUAAAGCAAAUAGUCGAUGCUGAGCCAAUCAGAUUGGAGGUGAUACGCAACAUUCAUAUGACCAGGCUAGUUUGUGCUGUAUGUCAUUCUCGCUGCCACUUUCCCUACUUGUUGAAAUGUUCUUCUCCUCUGGGCGUGGACACUCUUUGUUCUUUACAAUGUUUUCGGCAAAAAUAUUUUCACAAGAUGACUCCAUUAUAUGAAUUGUCAGUAGAGGAAGAAUAAUUAUGUAAUAUCUUAUAUUAGAUGAGACGAAAAAUAUAUGUGUUCUCAGAAAAUAUUUUAUCAUAAAAAGUCGUUAUGU